AUGAGGAUUUCAGUGCUGAUGUCUCUCAUCAGGGCGACAGGGCCGAUUAUUGUGGGCAUCUCUCUGGGAUUCACCCUGAGUCUCCUUAGCGGCACCUGGGUGGGUAAGUCCUGCGACUCUGACGGGAUAGGAGCCGCCGACGAGAUGCUCAUAGAGCAGCCUGAGAGUUUAAAGGGGGCCCGUAAACCUAGUUCGAUAUUCAGUGGUACCACUGACAACGGAAAUAUCGAAGAGGAUUUUAAGCCCAGAAUAGUGCCUUACAACAAGCCCGCACAACAGGGUCCUCCAAAAAAAGUUUUCAGAGCCAAGUAUGCCAGCACAGAGCUUGGAAUUCGUGAGCGUCUUUUUGCUUCAGUAUUUACCUCCAAAACCACCCUGAACACUUUAGCUGUGGCCAUCAACCGGACACUCAACCACCACCUGGAUGGCCGACUCAUCUUCUUCACAGGCACUCGCAAUCGCAAACUCCCACAUGGAAUGUUUGUGGUUGCUCAUGGUGAUGAGCGUCCAGUCCCAAACAUGUUCCACUCUGUCAGAUAUCUUCUAGAACACCACAUCGCUGAGUAUGAUUGGUUCUACCUUGUUCAGGAUUUCACCUAUACCCAGCCCGAUAGGCUGAAGACCUUAGUAAGCCACCUGAGCAUGGACCUUAAACUUUACAUGGGCCAUCCAGGAGAGUUCAUUGGAGGUGAAACACAGGGGAGAUAUUGCCACAGUGGACCAGGAUUUCUACUGUCACGUGCACUACUUCUAAAGCUCCAGCCUUUUUUAGAGCAAUGUAGGACUGACAUCGUAAGUGUCAGACCUGAUGAGUGGCUCGGUCGCUGUAUCAUUGAUUAUACUGGCAUCAGCUGUGUGGAGGAAUAUGAGGGGCUGAUUUAUAAUAAUUUUGCAAUGGAAAAUAAUAUAGACCUUCACAGAAUGGGGGAUGAUGCAUUCCAGAAUGCUCUCACCGUUUAUCCUGUGACCAGUGCAGAUCUUAUGUACCGUCUGCACAAAAAUUUCACGGAAAUAGAGCUGCAGAGGACUUAUGAGGAGAUUGAGAAACUGCAGUCUGAGAUAAAGAAUGUCAGUGAAGUAGCAGUGGAUGGAAACAAGAGCGCUUUGUGGCCCGUCGGCAUUCAACCUCCCUUUGAACCCAAGAGCCGCUUUGAGGUAUUACGCUGGGACUACUUCACCGAAGAGCAUCUGUUCUCCUGCGUGGAUGGCGCCCCCAAGUGUCAGCUUAAUGGCGCGGAUCGUGACGAUGUAGCUGAUGUCAUCAAGGUUGCCCUUGCAGAGCUUAACAAGAAAUACAGCCCUGUUGUACAGCUAAGUGCUCCACAGCUGGUGAAUGGUUACAGACGUUUUGACCAUACACGUGGGAUGGAGUACACCCUGGACCUGCAGUUCCAGGCCAUGACUGAGUCUGGUCACCAGAAAUCUAUAGCCCGGCGUGUGCACCUUGUGCGACCCCUCAGCCAGGUAGAGAUUAUCCCCAUGCCUUACGUCACUGAGGGUACGCGGGUACAAGUUCUCCUACCCCUCACCAGUUAUGAGUCCCAUAUAGCGCUGCGCUUCUUAGAUCACUUCUCCUCCAAUCUGUUUGAGACCGGUGAGAAUGCAGUUCUUAACCUGCUGUUCACCUACGAACCUGCUGAGGCCCAGAAAGUGAGUACAAAUGAUGUCUUUGCAGAGGUCAAGACAAAGGUUGCCGUUGUUGAGCACAGAUAUCCCAGCGUAAAGGUGUCAUGGAUAAGCAUAAAGACAGAGAGUCCCGGUGUCCUGCGGAUCCUGGACAUUGUUUCUAGGAAGCACGCCGUGGACACACUCUUCCUUCUGGUCACAUCAGACACCGUACUCAACUCGGAAUUCUUGAAUCGCUGCCGCAUGAAUGCCAUCAGUGGCUUGCAAGCUUUCUUUCCCAUCCACUUCCAAGAUUUUGAUCCCCGCGUAGCUUAUCCAGAACAGACGCCCCCGGCCUCACCAGACCUUGUCAGGGAGGCAGGUCAUUUUGACCGCUACACUUUUGAGGAAGCAUGCUUCUACAACUCGGACUACAUGACGUCGCGCACACGGAUGCCUAGGGAUCUGCAGGAGAAUGAGGAGUUGCUGGAGAGCUUGGACCUUUAUGAUGUGUUUGUGCAGUACUCGGGACUGCACGUCUUCCGUGCUGUCGAGCCUGCUUUGCGUCAGGCAUAUCGCAACCGUACUUGUGAUCCACGACUAAAUGAGGAUGUGUUCCACCGAUGUCUCCAGAGCACUUUGGAGGGCCGGGGGUCGCGUUCCCAGCUGGCCAUGCUAAUAUUUGAACAAGAGCAAGGCAAUAGCACCUGAGGAGCUUCACAAGUAUAAACAGUGGGGUACCUCUUAACUGUAGAUUGUCUAAAUGCUAGCAGUAUUACUUCUCUUCAACAUCUAACAAGCAGUUUUCUAGUAAAAGAAGACUGAUUAGCCAAGAGUUAUGUUUGACUAUGAAGGGUGGAAGAUCUAAAGAAGUAUUCUGAGACCUUGAAGUGUCUGAAGUCACAUCUAUUCAAUGAGCAAUUGAUUCACUAACUGUUAAUGCACUAAAGAAAUCUAAUUUUCAUCUCUCUUCUCAUUUGUAC